AUGUGGUCUGACUGUAUUGCUCAAGAUGGAAACUCACAGGCCAGUAAGAUUGCAGGCCGCAGGAAGAGAACAUGUUUCACCAAAGAGCACUUGGAACUUCUGCGAAUGGCUUUCAGUGUGGACCCUUACCCUGGCAUAAGUGUUAGGGAAAGUCUAUCUCAAGCCACUGGUCUACCAGAGUCACGUAUUCAGGUGUGGUUUCAGAACAAGAGGGCCAGAACCCUAAAGAACAGAGCCACUUGGACCUCACCCCAGCAAGACAGCACCUCUCCUCUGCCAAGUCCCUUUCUACCUCCUUACCUGGCCAGCGUUGGGGCCAAUGGACAACAGAGAGGCACUCAAGAAGGGGCUUUCAGCAUCCCUCAAGCCCAGAUGCCCCAGACAUCACCACAGCACUUUACCUUUCCACCAAGAGACUACAGCUCACCAGCUGUUAAGCCAAGGCAAAUCAGACUGAUGGGAACCAGCUCUUGUUCUCCAUCUUUUCCUGUUGAUCUCCAAGCUAUGGCAGACAGCUGGAGUUCUGGUGGAAGCACACAGUCCUCUCCUGAGUCUACAUGGAGUCCAGCAGCGCAGCGUUUUGGUAACUCUUACAAUGAUGUAGGUCAUAUGUUCCUCUACCCACCACCUCCUUACCCACAUGGAAGUGCCAGGGUUGAGUGUGUUAGAGGCCUGGAGUCACUGCCAACUUCCCCUGCUUCUUCUGAUUCUGCAUUUUGGGACAUGAGACUGGAAAACAGCCCACAAAAUGUGCCAUACACGGAGUGUGACAGCCCCUGGGACAUGCUUGCUGAGGAACAGUCUGUGGCCCUGCUUCCAGAUCUGGGUCCUGAGUGUCUGGAGGACGUCCUGGAUGAAAUGCAGCCAGCCUGGUGGAACUUAAAUGGCCAGAUGGAUCUGCAAUAA